AGAAGCCAUGAGUACACCAGCAUAUUACGAACUUUAUAGAAGAUCCACGUUAGGGCUUACGCUAGCCGAUGCCUUAGAUACGCUUAUAUUGGAUGAAAAGAUCCAACCACAAUUAGCCAUGAGAAUAUUGAAUAAUUUUGAUAGAAUUAUAUCGGAGACCUUGAAGCCAGAAGCCAAUGUGGCCAAGUCCAAGUUAACAUUCAAAGGAGAUUUAAGUACAUAUAGGUUUUGUGAUGAUGUAUGGACAUUUAUAAUCAAGAAGGUGCUUAUUAAGAUGUCGGAUGCCACACAGACGGGAGAAGAUAAUGAGAUAAACGUCGAUAAAUUUAAGAUUGUUGCUUGUAAUUCUAGAAAGGCAGGAGAAUUGUAAUGUAUAUUUAUAUAUAAAAAAUUCAAUGUAAAAUAAAC